AUGUCGCCGCUGCUCUCUCUCGUCGUCGCAGCAUUUCCUGUUCGGAUUAUCUCUCGCUUCUCCCCAGCUGCCUCCUUCCCCUCACACUCCCACUCGCGCCUGUUCCUUCGCGUCCUCGGUCGAAGCUGCUCUCGGCCCGGGCCGGUUCCCCUCCGCCUGGGGACGCCCCUUACCUCGGCUCCUGGGGUACGGGGGAGCCCCGCCGCGACCAUGAGGAAAUUCAACAUCAGGAAGGUGCUGGACGGCCUGACUGCCGGCUCGUCCUCGGCCUCGCAGCAGCAGCAGCAGCAGCAGCAGCACCCACCUGGGAACCGGGAGCCCGAGAUCCAGGAAACGCUCCAGUCCGAGCACUUUCAGCUCUGCAAGACUGUUCGCCAUGGAUUUCCCUAUCAACCCUCAGCCCUGGCCUUUGAUCCUGUGCAGAAGAUCCUGGCAGUGGGAACUCAGACUGGUGCUUUAAGGCU